CAGCUGGGCGAACGGCCGCUCCCCUCUCCCUCUCUACCUCGCCCUCUCGUUUUUUUCUACUCUCUCUCUCUGUUUCAUUUCUCCUUUCUUCUCCAGAGAGCGAAAACCUCACUCUCUUAAAACCGCCGCCAUUCCUCGCCUCUCUCUUUCUCUCGCCUUCUCUCAUGUUCGUAUCCGGAACCCACUCUAAUCGUUAGAGGAAAAAUGAACCCAACUCCAAAUCCAUGGCCGCCCUGCACCUCUACUCUCAAUCCGUUUGUUUUCUCGUUUAAAUGGUAACGAUAAUGAAGAAAUCAAAAAUCGGGUAAACCUCUAUGACAUGCAUGUUUGUUUUCUCGGUUUUUUAUUCCGAUUUUGGGGGAGUUCGGGUUCUCACCCUUUCUGCUUUUUUCUGGGUUUUGAGGGUCGGAUCUAGGGGAAACUUAGACCGGGAAGACGGUAGCAGAGGGUGCUACGGCGACGGCGACUCACAGACCAGGGUUUUGAAAGGGAACAGAUCGAGGUCCAUGAUUGGCUUCAAAAGAGAUGGAAGAAACAUGUAUUGAUUGUAAUUUUAGUGUAGUAAUUCUUAUUUGUAAUUUGUAUUAUGUUUGUAAUUGUAAUUAAGUAAUAGUUUUAAUAAUAAGUUCUUCAUUAUGAUUAUUAUAUUUGCGUUGCGCCAAAAGCCGAGAUUGGAAGCCAAUAGAUCCUAUUAGAUCCACCGAAAUCGAAUUCGAAUAAACUG